CCGGCCGCGUUCCACGUUCCAGAGCCAUUAAACUAAUCUCACUAGACUUUACCCAGCCCUUUCUGUAUAACCUGUACAAGCUAAAUAUAGUGAAGAAAUAUUUGUUGUUAUAAUAGUAUAUUGGUUAAUUACUUGCUUGAAAAAUAUUUUGUAUAUAUAUACUUGUAUAUAUAUAUAUAUAUAUGUGCUGCAUAUAAAAAAUGAGAUACGCUCAAUUAGUAAUGGGCCCGGCCGGUAGUGGCAAGUCCACAUACUGUUCCAUCAUGCAAGAACAUGCUGCCAACUCCAGAAGGCCAGUAUCGGUUAUAAAUUUGGACCCUGCGGCAGAAUAUUUCGAUUACGAACCUUCAGAGGAUAUAAGAGAACUAAUUCAUAUAGACGAUCCCAUGGAAGAUGAUAAACUUAAUUUUGGACCCAAUGGCAGCCUUAUAUUCUGCAUGGAAUAUUUGGUUGAAAGUGGAUGGCUAGAACAGAUAUUAAAUGAAGCACAGGAUGAAUAUAUAAUAUUUGAUUGCCCGGGACAAAUUGAACUGUAUACUCACAUGACCGUGAUAAGUCAACUAAUAACCAUUUUGCAGAAUUUUGACUUCCAAGUAUGCGCAGUAUUUCUAAUCGAUAGUCAAUUUAUGGUGGAUGGAUCGAAGUUUCUGUCAGGAACUAUGGCUGCGCUUAGUGUAAUGAUAAACCUAGAACUUCCGCAUGUCAAUAUUCUUAGUAAAAUAGACUUGUUGUCAAAGAGUGCGCGAAAGCAACUGGACAAGUAUUUAGAUCCUGAUCCGGAGGCUUUAUUAGCGGACAUGAAUAAAGACCCCACAAACCAAAAAUAUCAGAAACUUACAGAAGCUAUCGGUAGACUUAUAGAAGAUUACAGCUUAGUGCGAUUUUUGCCGUUAAAUAUUAAGGAUGAGGAUAGCGUUACAGAUAUUAAAAUAACUAUUGAUAAUGUAUUACAAUAUGGUGAGGAUACAGAAGUUAGAACUAAGGACUUUGAGCCACUUGAGCAACCAUGUCCAGAUAAUGACUAACAUAAACACAAUAGAUUAGAUGUAUCUUGUAAUAAAAUUCUAUUUUUGCUUUUACUGUAUCUUCUCUCACAACUCAAAAAGAUACUUAAUUCUUUCAUGAAAAGCAAAGUAGUAGGAUGUGAACAGAAAGGUGAAGUAAGACGUCCACAGAAAAGUGAAGUCACUGAUGAACUAAGUAUAUACUCGUAAAUAUACAUUCUGUUUUGACCAAACCAAGGAAAGGGCACAAAAAUUAUACGAAGCAGUAAGCACACACAAGAAUAGAUUUUUUAAAAAUAUAAUAAAUAAACGUUUUCCUUGUGCUGUGAAA